AUGUCAGGUGUGUAUUCUGGACUUCAAGCUAGAAUAAAAGGGGCAUGUCCUUAUGCUAUUUUUGUCCCAUGUGCAGCACAUUCAUUAAACUUAGUAGGAGAGUACGCUGCUAAUUGCUGUACAGUUGGUACUGAAUUUUUCAAUUUUCUUCAAGCUUUAUACACAUUUUUUUCUGCAUCUACAUAUCGUUGGAAAAUAUUGAGUGACUACCUGACUAAUUCCAAGAAUAAAACAGUAAAAAGAUUAUCUGAUACUCGAUGA